ACAGCCCACAGCGACGCGACCUAGUCACCAGUCACCAGGACGCGCCGCCGCUCGGCGCUUACCCAGUCUGCCGCCGCCGCUCCUUCUCAUCGGUAGUUCGGCGCUGACCGCCGGUGGCCGGAGGCCCGAAGCAACCGCCGCGACCCGCCGACCCGCCGAGCCGGACCAGACGGUCGCACUGCCGCUCAGGAGGAGCUCCUCUCGCCCGCGCCUCCGGUACCGACGGUCGACGCCCUCGUCUCCUCCGACCCUCCCCGCUCCCAGUGCCGGCCGUGGCCUCGGCCUCGUGCCAUGAUGGCGGAAGAGGACGUUGACUGGACACAGGUGUUUGAUCGGGUCAAAGGUUCAAUCUUUUCCAUCCAGUUUGCUCCGAAACAAGACCAGCUCGAAGAACUCAAAAUCCUGGCUGAUGAGGUCAAGACAGUAAAAGAUAAAGAAUCGCGGUACGACAAGGUCAGGAAUGGGCAUUCUUCUACUGGUUUUGCCUACUAUUCUAGACCAACCGGACUGCUAAUCAUGACAAGUGCACACGGUUUGAGCCAUCUCUUCAAUGCGUCUCGACCUUUGACACGAGAGACACUGGAUAUGAUGGACAUUACUGUCUUAUGUGAUCACCAGGAAGAAACUAUUCAGGAAGCUAGGUUGGUUAAUGCUGUCAGGAAGUACGGCACUGCAACAGUAGCUGGGGUUGAUUCAGGUGAAGAUACAAUUGUUCUGAGUGUUGAGAACAGCAGCCUCAAGAAUUACUCAGACGAUGGCGUAUGCGCCCAAGCACACCCUACCCUUGAGAUCUCUGCCAAAACUCCAAUAAAUCAUAGGCAGUGCAUGAUGGUGUCUUGGCCGUCCAAUAUGCCUAGAAUGGUCUCUAUAGGUACAACUGUUUCUUCAAGGGGGAUUGACAUGCCCGAUCCUUUGGGGUACAACAUGAAUGUAUUGGAAGUCGACAUGAGAACUGCUGAGAGCUCGUCCGGGGCGCCACUGUUCAACUCAAACGGCGAGGUCAUUGGUAUUCUGCAAGGGAGACUGAGUCGGACCCGCUCGAUCUUCGUGGCGGUGUCACAUCUGCAUGGAUGGGUCCAAGCAGCUCAUGGCGCAUGAGUUAAAGCUGCAAAUCGUCGACCAAAAUAGAAUUUAGGCUCUAUUUAUCUUGGCAUGUAGUAAUUCUCUGUUAGUAACACUCAUUCCGUAUGUUAAGACAUUAAUUUAUGUCUCCUCUUGCCUUGGUUUGGCGGUUGGGUCGCCUGUGCUAGUGGCAAACAAAAAACUGUUAGUAAUAUGUAGCAUCCAUAAUUGCCAAUGGUAAGUGUAAGUCUCGGAAGUACAGUAUGACAAAACCGCAGGCAUGUGUUCUUCAGAUAUGCUUAUGUGAUGUUUAUUCCUCCCUCAUCCAUGCGUUUUCUCUUCUUUUUUCAGAUAUGUUGUGUGUUUGGUAAGUGUACGAUCUAUGUUUCACCAGCAGGGGGCUGUGCUUCUUUUUCUCGAGAUGCCUCAGCUGUAUAUUAGUCCCAUUUUCUGUACUUUCAGAGCUAGUUUGGUAUUAGAUUAGUUUGUACUUUGUACAGCUAGUUUGGGUUCAGAAUCAGGAUUGGGAAUGUUGGCCGCUCCUACCUGAUUGCUAUUAGAGUGUUUUCAUUCUUCUUCUGGUUUGGUCUACGUUUACAUGCCCAUCUAGUGGGGGCUGUGCUGUUUUCUGAAUGUGAGGUUAGCCAAGAGUUUGGUUCAGAGUCUGAAUGUGAGGUUAGCCAAGAGUGUUUGGUUCAGAGACAUGAUCGAAAAUGCGGGUAGCUGCUAGCACAGUUCGUAGAACUUUUGAUUCUUGUGCCGUUUUUGCUAUAUUAUCCGUCGUGCAGCAAUUUUUGUGAUCAUCAUUCAUCUGUCGUAUAGCUAGAUUCGCGCACUGCUAUGUUGCUUCAGGCAUGGUCUUCACUGCAGUUAUGCACGGACACAAAAGUUUUUUUCAUUUAUUGAGUGAGGUGUACAGGUCCUAUAUACCUUACCUGUCUAUAAAUUUCAGCGUAGGUGCAUCAUUUUUUGUAACUCCUUUCGUGAUCUCAUUUAGUGUCUCACUGUUUUGUACAUGCAUGGUUGAGACGUUCAGAUGGGAUUUAUGUAACCAAUCUCUUUUCCAUUUUUCGUGAGCAGUAUAUGUUAGCUGGUUAUGUAGCAUUGCUUUAUUAAGUCGUCGCAAUGUUUUCCGCUGGGAUUUAGCCAAACUGUUUGUGUGGUUCAGAAGCUCAGAUGGGAUUUCUGCUUUGGUAUCUGCAGUGUUCUAUAUUCAGACAUCACUGUUCAGGCUUUUGAGAGAAGGUGCUAGCCAAGUGUUCAGAAGCUUUUUCAUUCAUAUAAUUUUGAGAUCAGAGCAUGUGUUGUCAUUUUUUAUUUUCCGGGUUAUCAUAAGCAUCAUUGUUAAGUCCCAGGUCAUCCAAAGUCAUCUGUUAGUCACAGUUAAGGUUUAAUUCUGUUUCUCUAGACAGCUUGCUUAUUUAUCAUUGUUCAUAGUUUCAUUCUUCUCAGUUAUUGUUCAGUAUUCGCUAAUUAAGUUUUCAAUCCUAGGUUUUUCUUUUACCUUCUCCUGAAUAAAGAAAUCUCAGCUACUAACAUGCAUGUUCAAGUGGAUUGAUUAUUUUUGCAGUAUUUUUUUUCGUGGUCCUCUCGCCUGCAAGUCGUGAGUGGGCAACACCUUGCUUCUGGAUUGGCUGACUGCGUUCUGCUGGACUACCAACGUUUUGAGCAGCUCCACGCAAGCGUUGAAUCUCUCCCGAUCUGAGUGAUCAUCGCCAAGUUGGAUGUUUUCCAGCCCUUCAGUUGCAGCCGUCAUGUUGUCAUGUUCUUGCCCUGGGUGCAGAAAGACGCUGCAUUGGGGGUCCGCGCCCCGCCCCUGAUGGUGUUGCAGAUGUUCCUGCCAGAUCGGCCACGGUAUCAGUCUGCAAGCGUGUGAAUCGUGAUGGCCGGUCCCGGACGAGCUCCAUGGAGGCCAGGAGCUCGUUCUGCCUUCGGCAGGAGAGCGUUCGCCUUGUGCUGGCGGGAGAUAACCUUCUGAAUUUUUGUCCACUUUUGUAAGACGUUUUAGACAUUUAAAACAAAACGGAGGGAGUAGCUUUUA